AUGAAAGACUCCAGGGAAGAUGUUCGGAUCCUCUGCUCCCAGCUAGAAGAAUCAACGCAGCUCAAGCGGAACGGCAGAUGCAUAAAAUACAGCAACAAUGCCCACAACACCAAUGUCCUCAUCGACUCGUGGAAAUUCCAAGAUUUCGACUAUGGCAAGGAUAAAGUAGUGCUCCCGAUCCAAGCACGAGGCCUCUUUACCGUGGACAACGAGUCCAUUGUCGUUCGCGGAUACGACAAGUUCUUCAACGUCGGUGAAAAACCAUUCACUAAGGAAGAGCACUUGGUCAAAAACACCGCGGGGCCCUACCACGUCACGUUCAAAGAGAACGGAUGCAUCAUUUUCAUUGGCGGGCUCGCUACGGGUGAUAUCGUUGUAUGUUCCAAGCAUUCUACCGGUGCCAGAGACGAUAACACGAGGAACCAUGCGCUCGAAGGCGAGAUGCAAUUGAAGAGGCAAGUGGGCGAUGACCGCGUGCGGGAACUAGCUCGAUACUUGUAUGAAAACUCGCUCACGGCAGUGGCCGAGUUGUGCGACGACGAGUUUGAAGAACAUGUCCUCGCGUACCCCAAGGACAAAGCCGGGUUGUACUUGCAUGGACUCAACCACAACACGAUCAAGUUCCAAACUGCGGCAAUUGCCAACGUGGUGGAUUUUGCGCAUCAAUGGGGGUUUAAAGUGAUUGAACAUCUCGAGGUGGCUGACCCUGCGCAGUUGUUUGAUUUCCUUCACAAGUGCGAUGACACGGGCACGUACAAUGGCCGAGAGUUGGAAGGGUUUGUCAUUCGCUGCAAGCAUCGCCACACCGGCGACGAUUUCUUCUUCAAGUACAAGUUCGAAGAGCCCUAUUUGCUUUAUAGACAGUUUCGCGAGGGCACGAGGCAGAUGCUAGAGGGAGUACCGAUCAACUCCAUCAAGAUGAAAAAGAAUAAAUACAUCACUAAGCAAUACCUUGAGUUUGCGCAAAAGUUGUUUGAAGACGAACCCACUCUUAAGGAGAAGUAUCUCCGGGGCCAUGGCAUCAUCCACGUGCGACAGCUGUUUUUGGAAUACUUGCAAGAGACCAACGGCAUGAAUUUGCUCUCGCUAGAUGCCAAGUUGACGCGGGACAUGAAGGAACUACAUGCAAACUCGGGAGAAACCACGCGAUAUUUGUUUGUUCCCAUUGCCACGAUUGGAUGUGGCAAAACCACCGUGUUCAAUACGUUGAGCUUGUUGUUUCCCCAAUGGAAGCACAUUCAAAACGACAACAUUGCCAAAGGUGCCAAGUUGAAGAUUACCGAUUUGGCAUUGGCGGCUCUUGAUGAUCACCCCGUGGUGUUGUUGGACAGGAACAACUCGGAGUUUAGGGAGCGGAAACAGAUUUUCUCCACCGUGGCCGAGAAAAGGAACCAAUACCUCGAUGACGUGAUUGACAUCAAGUUCAUCGGCAUCAAUUUCAUCGACGACGUUUCGCAAAAGGAGCUCUGGGACAUCACGUUUGGCAGAAUCAAAAAGAGAGGAGAUAAUCAUCAGCUGAUUAAAUCGCAAUCGGACGAGUCGCUAGCGGCCAAGAUCAUGCGGGGGUUCAUCAACCGGUUCCAAGCAGUAAACACUCAUCGCGAACCAGAUUGCCAGUUUGAUCAUGUGAUCAAUCUCAAAUUGACACAGCAAAAGGACUCUUCACUUGAAAACGUGAAGCUUAUCAUCAAAAACAUUGCUAGAACGUACCCUGCUCUCCUACCUGCAUCCGAAGUGCCCUCCAAUGACGCGAUCGACGCACUGUUUCAAGCGAGCCUAGACUACAAGCCGACCUUUACCAAGGACAUGGGCUCGAGCGCAAAAAACAAGAACAAGACCAAAAAUAAUAACAAGAAAGAGCCUGUAUUUUAUGGAAUAGAUGUAAAUCGUGCUCAAGUUUUAGAGUCGUUGGCGAUCAUAGCUGAAAAUGAAGAAUACGUCAAGUUGCAACAACAAAAGUUGGUGCAGGAUGAGUUCCACGUGACGUUGGGACACGUUGCAUCGAGGUCCAUCGAUAAAGACAAUAAACGCAAAUGGAAGCAAAUGGUGGACAAGUUGGGCACUGGCGCGGGAGAAUGCGGCAAGAACAAAUUGGAGUUUCUAGGUGAUGUCAAGAUGCAUCAAGUUGUCAUUAACAACGGCAAGUUGGUCUGCGUCAAGAGUGAGAUCGUUUCUAUACGCACUAAGAAUGGAGUCGAGACUGAGACUGAGACUGAGAACAAGACUGAGAACAAGACUGAGACCGAGAUCAAUACCAAGACCGAGGUUGAGAUUGAGCCGUUGAAUAAGCAAAUUCACAUCACUGUGGGCUGCUUCCCGCCAACAAAGGCAGUCGAGUCAAACUCCACUUUGGAGGAGCUAUACAAGAAUGACGACGAUGGCAAUGCUGUUUUAAAGAAAGACGGUACAUACACCAUCGGAGAAGAUACUCUUGUAGUGAAGAACUUUGAGGACCCCAUCUUGGUUAAACAGCAGCAGCUUUUUGCCUUCUUUUAG